AUGUACCCAUACCUAUGUCUUUUACUAAUUCAGUGCGUUUCGGGUUCUCUUGCAGGCUCUUCGAUCGAUUUGCACGCUCUUGAGAGCAAGGAACUUUUGCACGUGCGUAAAUACGGCGGUUUCUGUUUGGAUACUGUGAUAGUCACAGUCCUGAGCGAUUUGCGAAUUAACCAGAUUGUCGACAACUGCGUACUCGUGUGGCAGGGUAGCCUAAUGGAGCGACUCGUUGAGUGCUGGAUGUACGAAAAGGCCGGCAAGCACCUGCUGUUGGACCUGUUCGUAGUCGAUGACGACGGCAGCAGGCGGGACUACCAGUAUAUCUUCUCCUCGGGGGCCUGGGGGAGAGUCAAUUUUGGCGAGUUCCACAAGCUGCUGAGGGACUUGAGACUCAACUCGCGCUCUCUGGCUGAGGUUGAAUACGGCGAGAUCGUCGACGAGGAGUACGACGCAGUCCGUGAGUUCAGUGAGAUAGUUUAUAGGAACCGAGUUGACAAGGAGGUCGACGAGGUCGACGAGGAAGAUUCAGUCUUUACGAAAAUUUGCUGCGGGCUCGUCUCCUGUCUGCUCUAA